CUUGAACCUUGAAGGAGGCUCAGGGUGUUCACCUCCGACUUUGGCAUCAAGUCCUUGAAGGGUAUUGAGCGCGUGUGAUCACCAGAGAUGGGAGGCAGGACCACGUGGCUGCUCCCGGCUCUGCUCCUUCUCUUCCACCCAGGUUCAGCUGCCAUCACGGGUCCAAAAGCAGUGAGUGGCCUGGAGCGGGACUCGUUGACUGUGCAGUGUCAAUACGGCCCUGGGUGGGAGCUCUAUGUGAAGUGGUGGUGUCGAGGAGCUGACUGGGACAGCUGCAAGUUCGUUGUUAAAACCACUGGAUCAGAGCAGGAGGUGAAGAAGGACCGUGUGUCCAUCAAGGACAAUCAGAAAAAUCGCUCGUUCACUGUGACCAUGGAGAAGCUCAGGCUGAAUGAUGCAGACACUUACUGGUGUGGGAUUGAGAGAGCUGGAACUGACCUGGGGGUCCAAGUUGAAGUGACUGUUGACCCAGUGACCACUCACUGUCACUACGGCCCAGGGUGGGAGAACUAUGUGAAGUGGUGGUGCCGAGACACGGAUCAGAAUAACUGCAUCAUCCUUGUUCAGGCCACUGGCUCAAAGCAGGGGGAGAACACGAACAGUGUAUACAUCAACCAGAGCAAACGCAUGUUGACCAUGACCAUGUCUGAUGAGAAAAAUGGCUUAUGAGAAAACCAGUUUUGUUUUUUCUGACUUGUUGCCUAGGCAUUUUACAGUACGAUAGCCCUACUCACACCCAGAGUCUGGACAUUUCGAUAAAGACCUGAGCUUAAGAUUCCCACCAUAAGUUCCCACCUUGGUUUUCCCAGGGCACCUUUUAAAAUAACCACUUAGAGUUAAAGCUGCAAAAAAAUCAAUGACUUCUGCCCCAACACCUUAUCAGUAACAGGUGCUUGCUACCCUGCUCUGUAUCUCCUGCUGUCUUGUGACCUGGGAUGGAGGACUGCCCUUCCUCCUGAUCAUUGCCACCAUCCUCCUCCUGCCUUCCCAAUCCAGC